AAUCGUUGGAAUGUUUAGAUCACAGAUAAUAUAAUAGUUCGCCUUGACCUCUGUCAUAUGGUCGACCAAUAAGCAUCUUCCGACCUUUUUGAAUACCUACUGAAAAUAGAUUUUUUGUAUUUGAUUUAAUUAUUAUUGAUGAAACGUUUUGGCGAAUUUCAUUCAAUAUGAUCUUUCCAAAAAUGCGAGAAUUACCAUAAUGAUAUCGACUCUUUUUCGUGAAGUUAUCAUGCGAAACGUAAUUCGAAGAUUGUCAAGUGAAUCCUUGAUUUCUAAUCAUUUUUGCGCUAUUAAUCCAUAUCCUACGGUUUCACGAUCAAAUAUUGUAGAAAGGAGGAUUUUUCAAACCUUAAAUGCUUCUAGUAUCACUUGGAUUAGAAAAAUGUCUGACUCUGUAGCAGGUCCUUCUCUGGGUUCAGCUUCAGGAAAAACACAUUCAAAAAAUAGAUUAAUAUUAGAAAAGUCACCCUAUUUAUUACAACAUGCUACAAACCCAGUUGAUUGGUAUCCAUGGGGAGAGAAAGCGUUUGAAAAGGCACGCAAAGAAAAUAAACUUAUUUUCCUCUCAAUCGGAUACUCUACUUGUCACUGGUGUCAUGUAAUGGAGAAAGAAUCUUUUGAAAAUGAAGCUACGGCAGAAAUAAUGAACAAAUACUUUGUAAAUAUAAAAGUUGACAGAGAAGAACGACCAGAUGUUGAUCACAUGUAUAUGGAUUUCGUUCAAGCUACAAUUGGGGGUGGAGGUUGGCCUUUGUCUGUGUUUCUUACUCCCACACUAGAACCUUUGGCUGGAGGCACUUAUUUCCCUCCUGAAAAUAUGCUAGGGAGACCUGGUUUCAAAACCGUUCUCAAGAAUAUAGCUGAAAUGUGGGCAGAAAAAAAGACAGUUUUGGAGACUGCUGGUCAAAAAGCUCUGGAAGUUUUGAAGAGUGUGUCAGUAAGUGAUUUGGAAUCCAGUGGACCUGGAAAAAUUUCUGUUCCUGAUGAAAACUCUGUGAGACAAUGUUUCCACCAAUUUGAAAGAUCUUUUGAUGAGGGAUUUGGGGGUUUUUCUAAAGCUCCCAAAUUCCCACAACCUUCAAAUUUUAAUUUUCUAUUUCAUGUCUAUUCAAGAGAUAGGGAAAGUCCUGAAGGUAUUCGAGCUUUGAAUAUGUGUUUGAAGACAUUAAAAAAAAUCGCAUAUGGGGGAAUACACGAUCAUGUUAAUUCAGGUUUUGCCAGAUACUCUGUUGAUAGCAAAUGGCAUGUACCACAUUUCGAAAAAAUGCUUUAUGAUAAUGCUCAAUUAGCUGUGAGUUUUUGUGAUGCUUUUGUUGCCUCCAAAGACCAAUUUUUCUCAGAUAUAGUCCACGAUAUUCUUACUUUCGUGAAUAGAGAUUUGGGACAUGAAUUAGGAGGUUUCUAUGGUGCUGAAGAUGCAGACUCCUAUCCAAAACAUGGAGCUGCUGAGAAGAAAGAGGGUGCUUUUUGUGUUUGGGAAUACUCAGAAUUGGAAGAAUUCCUUAAUUUUGAAAGGGAAAAUACACAAGUAUUUGAACUGUUUGCUCAUCAUUUCGGCGUGAAAAAGAAUGGAAAUGUACCGCCCCAAUGUGACCCACAUGGGGAACUUCUUGAGAAGAACAUCCUCUGCUGUUUCGGGAGCUAUGAAGAGACAGCUUCAAAGUUCAACAUAACAGUGCCAAAGCUCAAAGAGAUAUUGCAGGAAUGCCUUGGAAUUCUCUACAAAGAGAGACAGAAAAGGCCCAAACCCAUCACAGACACCAAAAUGGUUACCGCAUGGCAAGGUCUCAUGAUUUGCGGCUUUGCUAAAGCAGGUUUCGUUCUUAAAGACCAGAGAUACAUCAACAGAGCCAUUUUGGCUGCUAAUUUUGUCAAGAAGUUUCUAUAUGAUGAGGGGACUAAGACAUUGUGGAGGUGUUGUUAUCGAGGGGACAAUAAUGAAAUCGUGCAAAUCAAUAACCCCAUAAAAGGAUUUUUAGAAGAUUAUGCCUUCCUGAUCAGGGGUCUCUUGGAUCUUUAUGAGGCCUCACUGGAUGCGGAUUGGCUACAAUGGGCAGAAGUCCUUCAGGAAACUCAGGAUAGACUAUUCUGGGAUUCCACAGGGAUGGGAUACUUUUCUAGUCCUGCUGGUGAUUCAAGUAUUAAGAUUCGAUCAAAAGAAGAUCAAGAUGGUGCCGAACCUAGUGGCAACUCUGUAUCUGUGCACAACCUCCUGAGACUGGCGGCUUACCUGGACAGACAAGACUUGAAGUCGAAAGCUGGUAGGAUCCUUACAGUAUUCUCUAAAAGGUUGAAGAGUAUACCAAGAGCAUUUCCUGAAAUGUUAUCAGGACUCUUGCUUUACCAUGACGCCCCGACUCAGGUGUUUAUAGCGGGAGAUGCUAGCGACCAAAACACUGAAGCUCUCGUGGAUGUCCUCAGAAGUAGACUCAUACCAGGCAGAGUCUUGGCAGUGACAGAUGGAAAAGAAGGGAUCCUUUACAAAAGGCAUCAAACACUAGCUCGAUUGAGGCCUAUAGGUGGUAAACCUGCAGCGUAUGUAUGCAGGAACUUUGCUUGUUCUCUGCCAGUAACUGAACCAGAAGACUUGGCAGAUUCCUUGGAUGCCAAGUGCAGUUUGGCAAGCAACACCAGAGAAAGACUGGUGGAUACCCUACAACCUUCAUCAAGCGGUGAAGAACCCCACAAGGGGAAAUAAAAUUGAUUAGCCUGUUUAAUUUUUUUUUUUGAAUCGAAAUAUCUUGGACAAGAACUGCUUUAUGGGCACAGAGAUCGAGAUUGUACAAUGGGAAGCUGUGAUUAGAUGUUCGCAUGAUAUACUCUCAUAAUAUAUAAAGAAAAUUGAAAUCCUAAAUAAUAUUCGAAUAAAGUAUAUUUAAUUACAA